CUUAAAGUUAAAACAUUAUAUGUGUGAUUGCAGGUUGGCUCUCUGGCAACAGAGUGUCUGGAGUAAAAAUGAGGGUGCAGGAUGGAGCACACCAUUCUGUGGACUCAAGUGACUUGGCUUUCAACCUGGCCACUCAGGGAGCCAUAAGGCAGGCAUACGAGGAGGGCAGUUGGCAGAUUCUAGAGCCCAUCAUGCUGGUGGAGGCUUCAGCUCCCUCCGAGUUCCAAGGCGCUGUGAUAGCUAUGAUCAGUAAACGCAACGGAAUCAUGAUCAGUCAGGAGGGAAUCAGUGACUGGUUCACUCUGUACGCAGAAGUUCCUCUGAACAAUAUGUUUGGGUUCGUGGGAGAGCUGAGGUCUCUGACACAAGGAAAGGGAGAGUUCAGCAUGGAGUAUUCCCGAUACUCCCCCUGCAUGCCAGAUGUACAAGACAAGCUGAUUCAAGCUCAUCAGGAGAGUCAAGGCCUGCUGCCUGAACAGAAGAAACGCAAGAACUGAUCUACCAUGUUACUGAAGUCUGUAAAUAUAUCAAAUAACUGUAUAUAGGAUGUAAAUAAUAUAAUUCUAAGUGUAGGUAA